AUGGGUGGCCGGUGGGGGUUAAUCGCGGAACAAAAGCGACCUUGUGCUUGCCCAGAUACGCAGGUGGAUUCAGGGGAUGGACUCCCUGUUUCUGCUGAGCCAGGAGUGACUCAUGACAUCCUUGUACCCCGCACGUUGGUCCGGCCAAAAGCCUGCAAUCAAGUGACUGGGAGGUGCAAGGGAGGCGGUUUGGAGUCGCCUCCAACAAAUAAGCUCCACAUGUCCACUCCGGGAGAACGGAAGUUCUCCCAAAAACUAAUGGGACUAGAGGCUCGCAACCAGCCCAUGGGUUUUAUAAUUUUUAUGCAAAACACAGUAAUAGAAAAGAGUCUCCUGAUUCCGGAGGAAAGCCUAGUACGGUAG